AACGUAGAUAGUGUCAUCACUAGCUUCAAAGCAUCUCACAGGGAAAAAGGGCGAUAAUUCUGAUAAGAAAGUUGGCGUUGCCGGUUAGCGGAUUGUCACAUACAAAAUAGUUUGGAAAGGCCAAACUUAGGAGAACCAAUCACAAUCCACGCCCACAAUGACCGCUCUGCGAUACAUGGGAUGGAUCACCGGCUGUUCCGUCCUAACGGCCUUCGUUUCCAUCAUUUGGCAGGCGUUCAUCACCCUGCAGACACUUAACAGGACGACUGUUCUGCUCACCGGUCUCCUGGCAAUCGAGGGAUCACUCAAGCGAACCGCAUUGGAGCCGGCACCCAAAGUGGCCAUCGGGUACGGAGCCUGCACGGACCUGCAGAUAAACGCUACUGAGUUUCUGGAUCGCUACUAUGGCCGCCGGAUUCCAGUCGCAGCAGCCACUACAGGAUCUCGGGCGGUCGUCAACAACGAGGACGAGCUCUUGCAGUCCUUUGCCUACUACUUUCAGAACGGCGCUGCAGCGGAGCGAGUGAUGGCAAACAGCACCCUCUUCACACAGCUAGUGGGCUACGCCAAGAUAAUGGAUAAGGAGAGGAUCCAUUGGUACAUGGGUGGUAACGCCCCACUGAUGGCCGUGCGCUUUUUUAUGGAGGGAGCUGAAGUCCUAUUGGGCGCCCACAUGUCUAAGAAGUUGCGUCCACUGCUGCCAAAAGAGAUUCGCCUGGCUGGCGAUGAGAUUCCGAACGAUGAUAUCCAUCUUAUCCUGGAGUACAAGGCUGGGGACAGAUGGGGCCCAUAUGUAGCACCUCGUGCCAAUCGCUACAUUCUGCACAACGAUCGAAAUAAUCCGCAUUUGCGGGCCGUGGAACAGUUGACUGAUGCUUUGAAGAUGUAUCAGCCACAGCUGUUGGUUGUCAGCGGGCUGCAAAUGAUGGACAUGUUCACCUUUAAUCCUGGCGAGCGUGAGGCGCGCCUGCAGCAAGUACAAAGACAACUAACAAGCCAGCCGGCGGACACUUUAAACCACUUUGAGAUGGCCUCUUAUGUGGAGUUGCAGCUACUGCAGCAGCUGCGACACUUUGUCCUGCCCUACGUAGACUCCCUGGGAAUGAACGAACAGGAGCUCUCUAACCUGCAGCAGGUUCUUGCUCACGGACGGACGACCUUAGCCACCGACUGGAAUCCUCGCAUUGCUCACACCCUUGACCAAAUGCGAGAGGUUUUCAUUAGUCUCCUUGAAGAUUACGGCGAUCGAAGCUCACGCGAUUCCAAGCGGCGUUGUAUCUCUCGGAUCCAUGUGCACACUUUGGCCUAUCAGGCGAUCCUUACCACAGCGGGCUCCAAGUGGAAAAACACCCGUGCUGCCGCGGCAAAGGCUGCACUCACUGCUCACCGAUACGUCUGCAAGUCCCAAUUUAUCAACCCGGAGGCAGUGCUGCAGGUUCUGGAUGACAGCUUCGCCACCUCGGCUCAGGCGGACGCACCGCGGAUGCGCAUAGGUGCUGCCAGUCCCGUGCCCUGUUGGCGGGAGUAUAUCCAGUACGGUCGUCAGCGGCAACGGCUUGAGGUGGAGAUCUGUGUGGCCCCGGUGCUGGUGUGUCGCGAGGCCAGAAAAACGGCUGGGGCUGGCGACAACAUCUCCGCCUCCGGAUUGGCGGCACAGUUGUAGAAGUGGUGAUCACGCUGGGUCAGGCAAAGACUGCAUAGUAUUUUACUAGAAACCUGCAACAAAAGACUCGAAUAGAAGACCAGGACGUAACCCCGAUGCAUUCCCCCGCUGGAUGGACAUGGACUCGGCAUGUUUAGCACCUUAGUGACCUUAGAAACGCGUUACCUUCACACAAAUCUGACGAAUAUGCUCAACCGAUGGCACGAAAAAAGACAACGAUUCCCAUAACACCACAUAUCCAGAUGAGUUUUAAGUGAAAAUGCUGAAUUGUGCAUUUGUCCUCUCAUCAUAAACGCAAAUUCCACUUGUUCAAAAUUAUUCCUAAUGCAACAGCAUCGAAGUUCGGAAACGAAUGCCACCUAGUCCUAAGUUUUGUUAGUCACUAGUUCUACGUUUUUGACAUAUUUGAGCCAUUCCUACUUACAAUUUGUUUUGCGCACUUGGUUUCAAACGAAAAAGACAAAACGAAAAAUGCGUCAACGAAUUAAACAAGCGUUCCAGCACUGAAAGAUAGUUGUGACCUCAAGUUCCCUGUAUUUGUCGAAAUAUUUGAAUCCUAUUCAUUUGAAACCAAAAUUAUAUGAUAAUUUGCCCUUAAAUGUUAUGUGCUUAAAUUCCAUUCGGUUACAAAUACAUUGUAUCUCAUUUAUAUUA